AUGGAAAUGCAAAUCAAGCUCUUCAUCGCUGUGUUUUUGUUGUUUCUCCCACACUCACUGUGUAGCAACGUCAAACUAUUGCGAGAAUAUAUAGGCGCUGAAAACGUCAGCGUCAAGUUUUCAGACCUGCCAAUCAAUCCUGAUGUCGAGAUUCACUUCAUUCUGUCAUUUGCCAUCGACUACACCAAAUCAGCUCAUUCUCCGUCUCCAACAAACGGGAAAUUCAAUGUUUUCUGGGACAAGAAAAAUCUACGCCCCAAGGACGUUCUAGCCAUCAAGUCGAAGUAUAAAAACGUCAAGGUCGCGGUCAGCUUGGGUGGCGACGUCGUAGGAAAGGUUAACACUUUUGUGCAGUUCCAGCCAUGGAGCAUAUCUUCGUGGGUUCAAAACGCUGUGUCCACUCUGUCAGAAAUAAUUAAAGAGUACCAUCUCGACGGAGUCGACAUCGACUAUGAGCAUUUCGACUUUACCGACACCGAUACUUUUGCGGAGUGUAUUGGUCAAUUAAUUGUACAACUGAAGCAGAAAAAUCUCAUCUCCAUGGCGUCCAUUGCUCCAUACGAGAAUAGUACAGUGCAGCCUCGUUACCUGGCGCUCUGGAAUAAAUAUGGUCGCUUCAUUGACCAUGUAAACUUCCAGUUCUACGCUUACCCUCGUAGCACCACAGUCGAGAAAUUUCUUAUAUACUUCGAUAUUCAAGCCUCCAAUUACAAUGGUGGGAAAAUACUUCCCAGUUUCGGUACAGACUCAUCUUCCGGUGGGCUCAAGCCAGAUAAUGGAUUCUUCGAGGCAUGUGAGCAGCUGAAGGAGGAACAAAAACUUGAAGGCAUCUUUAUCUGGUCUGCUGACGAUUCAAAGAAGUAUGGCUUCCAAUAUGAAAAACAAUCUCAAGUGCUCUUGGCCUCGAGCUAG